AUAAUAUAUUCUCACUCCCAGUCUCUGACCAAAACCCAGUAGCACUGAAAGACUGAGCGGCGAAGAUGAUAAGCACCGCAAGGCUUCCACCUUCCUCCUCCUCUCUCUUCACCACUCCUUCUCUCUCCUUCUCCUUCAAAACCCAAUUACGUUUCGCUUCCACUUCUUCACUGCCCACGGCCAUUUUCAAACACAACCGCUUCCUCUCCUCCGUUCACCUCACGCGCCUCCGCUUCCCCGCCGUCCACGCCCAGAAGAGCCGCAAGUUCGGACUGCAGUCCGUGCGGAAGAAGCGGAAAGGCGGCAACAAGCUCUUGGCAAUGGACGACGACUCCGAUGAAGAGGACGACGAUGACGGUGACGUGGACGGCGGAGAUGAGGAGCUGGAAUUGGACGGUGAGGAUGACGAAGGCGAAGGUCUGUUGGUGCCGUUUGGGGAGAUGAAGAAGUGGCUGGAGAAGAAGCCGCGUGGGUUCGGCGAAGGCAGAGUCUACGACACUCCGAUUGAGGACCAACUGCUCGAAGAAAUACAGGUUGAGACUUCCACUAAGCUCCAAAACGACGCCGUAAAGGCCAAUCUUAAACCUAAGAAGAACACAGCUGAUGAGGUGGUUGUUCCGGCUGGGUUUCGGGUGAGGGUGACGAACCUGCCGAAGAAGAAGAAUGUGCACCGGGAUUUGACUGCGGCGUUUAAGCUGGUUCCGGGUUUGCUGAGCAUAAACCCAGCUGUGACUGGAAACAAGAAGACCAAGGACCCCAUUUGCAAGGGUUUUGCUUUUGUGCAUUUCAAGACUGAGAAGGAUGCAGCUAGGUUUGUGGAAACAUUUUCUUCGCAGAGUAUUACAUUUGGGAAAGUUCAGAAGCAGAUAAAAUGUGAGGUGGUAACUUCACCGGAUUCUGAUGUGGAACAAUCAAAAUCUGCUCCUCGAAUAGCUGCUCCGCGACUAAAUGCUCUUAAACCCGUAACAGUUAACUAUACUGUCCGUGGUCCUAAACCAGCAACAGAUCCUGCUACUAAAACCUCAACCAAUAAGUCUACUGAUUCCCAACUGACUGUUUCUGCAUCUGGAGACCAGAAAGUGGAUUCUGAAUUGGAUAAUUCUUCCCUGGACACAUUGGAGGAGACUGUAUCUGAUGAAUAUGAUGGCUCUGAUGUUGAAAUCCUUGAGCCAGAACUGGAAGAUUUCAUGGAGAAUCUUAAAAAUUCAGGGGACUCUCUUGAUGCUCAACUGACAGCUGCAUUUGGAAACCAGAAGAUGGAUUCUGACUUGGAUGAUGUUACGCUGGACACAUUGGAUGAGACUACAUCUGAUGAUGAAUAUGAUGGCCCUGAUGUUGAGAUCCUUGGACCAGAACCGGAAGAUUUCAAGGAGAAUCUGCAAACCUCCACUGUGUCAGACCUAAAUGGUGGAGACAGCAGUAUCAUAGAAUUAACGACAGAAUCUGAGUCUUCUGCAGAUUCGUCUUCCUCAAAGCAGUUAAUUGCUAAGAGUAAAGAAGAGAAGGUUCCUCGCAAAAAGCAAGCUGUGAAAGGGAAAGAAGAAGGGACUCCUAAGAAGAAGAAGUUAACCGUGAAAGAAAAAGCACCAAAAGUUCCAAAGUUGGUCGUCUCCGGGUCUUCCAAGAGGUUAAAGGUCAAGGAGAAGGCUGUGCUUAGUGAUGUGUUCUCAAAAUAUGGGUUAAACCCAGCUUUGGCUUCAAAUGAAGAUAGUUAGGCGGUAACAGUCGAGGCCAUUGUAAUCUUUUUGUGUUCUCAAAAUAUGGGUUAGAUCCUGCUUUUGGCUUCAAAGGAAGAUAGUUAGGCUUCAAAGGAAGGUAGUUAGGCAGUAACGAGGCCACUGUAAAUCUUUUUGUGAACAGGAAACAAUAUGGAGAGUAACUGUGAAACGUGACGAGCAAAAUGCAUGAAUGAAAAUCGCUAUUCUUCCA